AUCAUAUGCGCCGAGCUGGAGUACAGCUCGAGGCUUUUAUUGACUCCUCCGAGGCACUUUAGGGAUUAAUCCGAUCGAUGUGUGUUAUGAUGGUCGGAUUCGGUGUGUUCCGGUUGGGAACGGUCGCUGUGUGAACGCUAACGCUAGCUGUGCUACUAAAGCGGGUUUCAAAUGUUUUGCUUUGUUUAGCACUGAAGCGCGAGCGAUACAAGCUUGAGACUCGAUGCCGAACCCAGAGAUCGUUCCCCGCGAGGGCCGCGGGAGAAGCCCGCCGCCGCCCGCGCAGAGGACUCCGAGGGACGCGAGGCGGAGCAAGAGCCGCCGGGAGAGACACCGGGAGAAACCGCGCUCCUCGUCCUCCUCCUCCCGGAGGAAGAAGCACAAGCACGGCUGGGAGAAGCAGCAGCAGGAGCUGCUUUACGACGGGGCUGUUCGCACUUUAGUGGAGUACGACGACGUGAGCUCGCAGUCCGAGCGCUUCUCCGGUAGCCCGUCGCCCAGAACCGGCACGCCGUCCGUGAGCGAACCCGAGCUCCAGGACUCCAGCUUCACACCGGGCAGAAGCGAGCACGACGACUCCUCCCGGAGGAGAGACGAGAAGCAGCAGCAGAUGAAGAGGAACCGGUCCAACCGGGAACGGGACGCGGCGUUAAAGUCCCGCAGCGGCGUGAGAAAUCACGACAGUAACGGGAGGAAGCCUUCCUCCGCGGCCCAAGCCGACAAAAAAGAGUCGAAAAGACUUAAAAGCAAGUCCAAAUCCGAGAAGGACCCUCCUUCCGCGUACAGGGACCCCCCGCAGGCUUACCGCGACGACUACUGGAGGAGCAGCCCGAGCUUCCGAGCGGCGGAUAACGUCAGUCCCUUCGCGACGGCGUACUCCUACGGAUACCCGUCUCCUAACACCAACUACCCGGUUAUUUCCAGGAGGAGCCCCGCUAAGAGACCGUCUCCGAGCUCGACCUACGCUCGGGAGUCAGAGCUGUACGGUGCCUAUAACGUGUCGAAGUCUCCGAGCUCGUACUCCGGUAAGAGGAAGCGCUCCCCGAGCAGUCCGUACUGGCGCCGGUCACCGAGCUACGGCCGACACAGUCCCUACGAGCAGAGCGAGGUCCCCCGCUCCAGGAGCCCCUACAGGAAGUCCCCGAGCCCCAGUCCGGACCCCAGGCGGACGGGAAAGUCCCGCAGCAGGAGCCCGUACCAGUCCUCGCGUCCCUCUCGCUCACGCAGCCGUCACCGGCACUCACGCUCCCAGAGCCGGCCCUCCAGUCUGUCCCCCAGCUCCCUGACCCUGAAGAGCAGCCUGGCCGCCGAGCUCAGCAAGCAGAAGAAAGCCAAGGCCGCCGAAGCCGCCCGCGUCAACACCUCCACCCCGACCAAGGGCGACUCGUCCUCCUCCUGCGCUCAGCCCAGCCCCGUCACCAACCACGUCACCAAGAAGACCAGACCACCCUCACCCGCCUCCGGUGUCCGAGAAGGGCCCCAGAACCCCGGCGUCCAGUCAGCCCAGUCUCCUGUGGAGCGACCCAACAAGAAGAGCUCAGACGCCUCGCAGCCCAGCAGAGAAGCCAAGCUGAAGGAGGACAAAAAGAAGGGAGGACAGUCCGUGCAGGUGAAGGACAAGGACCGAGAGAAAGCAGCUGCUCCAGCCGUCGCCUCUCUUCCUCUGGCAGCAAACAAUCUGGAUCAUCUGGACGGAAGCGACAGUGCCGGUAUCUUGAAGGAGUCUUCAGCGAUCACAGGGAAGAAGAAACCCGAAAGGAAAGCCCGUCACCUCCUGGCAGACCUCCCUCUUCCUCCAGAGCUCCCCGGUUCGCCCCACAGCCCGCCUGAUGACAAGAAGACGCACACCCCGCGCAAGAGACCCAAAAUAUGCGGUCCACGCUUCGGAGAGAUCAAGGAGACGGAGAUAGAUUGGGGAAAGCGCUGCGUUGACAAGUUUGAGAUCAUUGGGAUCACUGGAGAAGGUACUUAUGGACAGGUGUACAAAGCCAAGGACAAAGACACUGCGGAGUUGGUGGCCCUCAAGAAGGUCCGUUUGGACAACGAGAAGGAGGGCUUUCCGAUCACAGCCAUCAGGGAGAUCAAGAUCUUGCGGCAGCUCAACCACAAGAGCAUCAUCAACAUGAAGGAGAUCGUCACUGACAAGGAGGACGCUUUAGACUUCAAGAACGAUAAAGGGGCGUUUUACCUGGUGUUUGAGUACAUGGACCACGAUCUGAUGGGCCUGCUGGAGUCGGGCCUUGUGCACUUCAACGAGAGCCACAUCAAGUCUUUCAUGAGGCAGCUGCUGGAAGGACUGGACUACUGCCACAAGAAUAACUUCCUGCACCGGGACAUCAAGUGCUCCAACAUCCUGCUCAAUAACAAGGGUCAGAUCAAGCUGGCAGAUUUCGGAUUGGCUCGUCUGUAUAACUCUGAAGAGAGCCGGCCGUACACCAAUAAAGUGAUCACGCUGUGGUAUCGUCCGCCCGAGCUGCUGCUGGGAGAGGAGCGGUACACGCCCGCCAUCGACAUGUGGAGCUGCGGGUGCAUCCUGGGAGAGCUUUUCACGAAGAAGCCCAUCUUUCAGGCCAACCAGGAACUGGCGCAGCUGGAGCUCAUAAGCCGAAUCUGUGGCAGCCCGUGCCCCGCUGUGUGGCCAGACGUGAUCAAGCUGCCCUACUUCAACACCAUGAAGCCAAAGAAACAGUACCGGCGGAGGUUAAGGGAAGAGUUUGCUUUUAUUCCUCUGAUGGCCCUGGAUUUGUUCGACCACAUGCUUGCGCUGGACCCGAGCAAACGCUGCACUGCAGAGCAAGCUCUCAGAAGCGACUUCCUCAAAGACGUGGACCCAGCCAAGAUGCCUCCGCCUGAUCUUCCUCUGUGGCAGGACUGCCAUGAGUUGUGGAGUAAGAAGCGGCGCCGGCAGAAGCAGAUGCCGGAGGAGCUGACCGCUCCUAAAGCCCGGAAGGAGCUGGGUCUGGACGACAGCCGCAGCAACACGCCGCAGGGCUUCCCCGCCGCCGGAGCACACAAAGGUCCGAGUGCAGCUGCCGCCGCAGCCCUGCUGGAUCCCAAAGCACCCAACUCGCAACUGACUCAAGAGCAGCUGGCUGUGCUCCUGAACCUCCUGCAGUCCAAAAGCGCUCCGGGGGGAUCGGCGCAGUUCGCCCAGACCGUGGGGUCCAAGAUGAGCCUGGAGACGCUACAGCAGCUGACGCAGGCUCUGCCCCCCGGACAGCCGCUGGAGUCUGACAGACCCCCGGAGCCGCCUCCCCUCCCCAAAGUGUCCAAACCCCCUCAGCCGCCCCGAACACCACCCAUGCCGAAGCCUCCUUCCCCUCCAUCCCCGCAGCCGCCGGGCGACGGAGAGGCCUCGGCUGCAGCCACGCAGACCGCCGUCACCAUGCUCCUCGCGCAGCUCCUCAAAGUCCAGCAGGGAGCAGCAGGAGAGGUCAUGGGGUUCGAGGCGGCCGAGGGCGGCAUCUCAAACGCACCGGAGCCGCCACCUGAGCCCAGCCCUGUAUCUCCAGUGUCUGAAGUCGGCGGCUCGUCCUCCAGGCCUCUAGAGCCUCUCUCCAUUCUCCCGCCGGACCAGAGACCCCCAGAACCUCCAGAGCCACCGCCUCCCUGCGCAGACCUGGACUACCGGCAGGCCCCCGAGACCAAUCCGGCUCUGCCGUCCUCCGCAGCCCCAGGAGAAGCUCCCAGACCUCCGGAGCCGGACUUCAGCUGCCCCCCGCCGCCGUUUGGCUUCGCAGACAGCUACCUCGGCCACAUGAUGCCCCCUCAGCCGCCUCUCGGCCCGGAGGCCUUCGCUCACGGAGCCGGCGCGGUCUUCAGCGGAGACAAGGACCAUCGCUUCGAGUACAAUCACAGCGGACCGCCGCCGCCGUCUGUUCCCCCUCCGGGCCAAGCCUGGACGUCUCCAUCCCAGUCCCUCCCGCUCGGGUACGUUCCUCACGUGAACACGGUCGCGCUUCGGGGCAGAGGACUCCCUUUUUGACAGAAUCCCGGCGAUUCUUCCAGACGCCUCGGAAAAGGAAGACUGUAAGGCUGAUGAUAGACGAGGCAAGUUUUUGAGCGAUGUUUAAAAGGUUAGUUCACCGAAAAAUAAAAAAGUUCGGUCAUUAAUUACUCCCCCUCAUGUCGUCUCAAACCCGUAACACCUUUGUUCAUCUUCAGAACACAA